AUGAGCACCUCAUUGUCUGCCGAAUUUGUACAAAAUGUCACUCAGCGAUUAACGGAAAUCGUGCUCCUUAAUCUGAUGAGCGCAGACUUCAAAAACCACAUCUUCUACAACUCCAACCGCCGCCUCGAGGAAGCGAAACAGAAGGGCAUCACCCUCAACGACAUCUCUAUCGGAGACGACUGCCUUGCUACAUGGAGUGGCCGCACUUGGGACCCCGACACAGGUUCCCUGCACGAUGCUCUUCAAGAAGAUGCCUUGAAUCUUCUCGAAGCGCAGGAGGCUAGCAGUAUGGUGCGUAGGGACCUCAUCCAGAAGAGCAACCGCAAGCUGGAUGAAGCGCGAGGUCUUGCGGAAGAAGCGAUCCCGUUUCUGCUCGAACACAACGAAGAGGACGAACACCACAGUUCUCCUGAGAGCAGCAUCCAAGACGAUACAGACAUUUCCGAGGGAACUAUUGUCAACAUCAACACCGGAGACUCUGACAACGACACGGCCAUGGUCACAGAUGAUGCCGACAGUACCGACUCCGACAGUGAUUCCGAGAUGGAGUUUGCGGUCCUUGGAAAUGACAAUAAUCUCGUCAACGACGAGAUUGAAACAUCCAACAUUUUCAACCCGGAACCCUCGUAUGAUUCAGAUGACGAAGAACCAAACAUUUUCCACGGAGCUCAAGUCAUGGGUGUCCCAGCACAGCACUCCAUCGUUGACCUCGAGGUUUACUUCGCCGAGGACGAGGACGAGGUCCAAGACCUUCCGCAGAUGGAGUUGGCUAUCGAUCAAGAGUCCUACGAACACUACUUUGGAACUGAUGGAGCGAUCGAUCUUGAGGUUGUUGGAGGUCGACUCAUCUGCACCGGAGAGCUUUUUGAGGAGGACCAGGAGAUGACACUGGAGGAUGUGGCGGAUGACAUGGAGGUUUUGUCACUUACGGCUAGCGACGACGAACAAUUGGAAGCAGAGGACUGA